CGGCGGCACCGUCUGGGCUUAGGAAAUCCAGUCUGGGGGAGAAUAUUGAGUCAGAGCCACGCAGUCGACUAGGAUCUCAGACGUGGCCAGCGUAUUCUUGGCUGGUCUAUUUUUGUUUUCCUUCCAGUGAAGCCAGACCUAAACCUUAGAGUUACCAUUUAGAGAUGAAAGGGAACUGAGCUUGGGGCAACCCUUCUUUCUAGAGAGGGGUGUGGGGAUCAUGGAGAGUCCCCAGCUGGAACUUAAGGGACCUGAAUCUUGGUCCAGAUUUGCUGUUCCCCACUGUAGGCCUGAGUUUUCCCAUGUGUACAGUGAGAGGGGUUUGGAGUACUAGAUCUCCAAAGGCGUGACAAAGGAUGGGUGCUGUUUAAGUAUGAGUUGUAAGGAGUAAAUGAGUUAGGAAGGCCUCCUUCUGGGGUUCACAGGAAGCUGCCUGGUGCACUGAAUUAACUGGAGUCUUUGGAAUUACAUUGUUCAUUACAGUGCCGAGAAAUAGGUGGCAUUAUCCCCUUUACAAGUGAGGAAACAGAGGUACAGAAGUGAGUCAGACUUCAAAGUCCAGGCCCCACUAUACUCUUUCCCAUUAAGAGAGCAGGGAGGACUUGAUUGAUAGGUGAUCAUAUGGAGCAGCAAUUAAUAACUUGUGUUCUCGGCUAAAAUGACCAACUCCAAAGCAGAACUCUAUCUGAUUCUUCUCUAUCCUUCGUUUCCAGUAUAUAGUUUGUGUGAGCCACUGUCAUCAACAUGUCCAGCAUAAUCAUAAUUCAUAAAAAUUAAUAAAUGAUAACAAGUAAUGAUAGUGAUUCCAUUUGUUGUAGGGAUAGCAAAGCCAUAAGUGAAAUUGUGAAGACCUGAAAAUUUAUAAUACUUUUACUUAUAUAGUGCUUUAAAGUUUAUAAGGCACUUUUGAGUGGUUCUUCAUAUUGGUCAUCUUAGGUAGCUAUUACCCGCAUUUUACAAACAAGGAGUCCAGGACCGGGAGAGAUUAAGUGACUCAAGCAAGGUCACACAGAAGUGUAGCUGGGAUGCCAAUGAGGUCCUCUUUGACAAGCUGUGCUUCUGCUUUGGUGCUCUCCCCCUUUCCUCUCCCUUUCCUUUUUCCUAGUCCCAUCUCCCCACUCCAUGCUUAUCACCCAGAGAACUUCUCUUUCCAUGUUAACUAAUAAUCAUGUGUUGAUUGACGAUUAACAGUGUUGGUAGUAACUCAUAAUUAGAGAGUUGGCUCAUAAGAAUUCAAAAUUUGAUCUUUCCCAGAGACAUAGAGGGAUUUAAAUGCUUUUAAGAAGGAGAGUUGUUAACUAUUAUCAUCAUCAUCACCCACGGAUUUCAAGGAAUAAAACUGCAGUUGACCCUUGAACAACACAGAGGUCAUGGAAGAAGUGACAUCGUGCUCCUCCAACAGCCCUCUGUUCCAGCAGGAAGACAAGAGAGGGGUCACCUACCGGAUCCCAGCUCUGCUCUACAUCCCCCCCACCCACACCUUCCUGGCCUUUGCAGAGAAGCGCUCCACGAGCAGGGACGAGGACGCUCUCCACCUGGUGCUGAGGCGAGGGUUGAGGACUGGGCACUCGGUACAGUGGGGACCCCUGCUGCCGUUGAUGGAAGCCACACUACCUGGGCAUCGGACCAUGAACCCCUGUCCUGUGUGGGAGCAGAAGAGUGGCUGCGUGUACCUAUUCUUCAUCUGUGUGCGGGGCCACGUCACCGAGCGUCAGCAGGUCGUGUCAGGCAGGAAUGCGGCCCGCCUCUGCUUCAUCUGCAGUCGGGACGCUGGCUGUUCGUGGAGCGAGGUGAGGGACCUGACUGAAGAGGUUAUUGGCACCGAGGUGAAGCGCUGGGCCACAUUUGCUGUGGGCCCGGGUCAUGGGAUCCAGCUGCAGUCGGGGAGGCUGGUCAUCCCUGCAUAUGCCUACUACAUCCCUUACUGGUUCUUUUGCUUCCGGCUACCAUGUAAAGCCAAGCCUCAUUCCCUGAUGAUCUACAGUGAUGACCUGGGGGCCACCUGGCACCAUGGCAGCCUCAUUAAGCCCAUGGCAACCGUGGAGUGUGAAGUGGCAGAAGUGACCGGGAGGGCGGGCGACCCCGUGCUGUAUUGCAGCGCCCGGACACCAAACAGGUGCCGGGCAGAGGCUUUCAGCGUUAACCAUGGUGAAUACUUUCAGAGACCAGCCCUGAGCCCUCAGCUCUGUGAGCCCCCGCAUGGCUGCCAAGGCAGUGUGGUGAGUUUCCGGCCCAUGGAGAUCCUUCAAGGGUGCCAGGACCCUAAUGGCAAAGAUGCUCCUACCGGUCAGCAGAGCCCUCUGCUGGACAGCUCACCGAGGCUAGAGCAGGAAGCCGGCCCACUGUCUGAGUCUUGGCUCUUGUACUCCCACCCAACCAGUAAGAAGCGGAGGGUCAACUUAGGCAUCUACCUCAACCAGACCCCCUUGGGGGCUGCCUGCUGGUCCCGCCCGUGGAUCUUGCACUGCGGGCCCUGUGGCUACUCUGAUUUGGCUGCUUUGGAAAAGGAGGGCUUGUUUGGGUGUUUGUUUGAGUGUGGGACCAAACGAGAGUGUGAGCAGAUUGCCUUCCGCCUGUUUACAGACCGAGAGAUCCUGAGCCACAUGCACGAGGACUGCUGCAGCCCUGGUAGGAGCUCUGAGCCAACUGAAAGCUAAAAUUGACUUAGGACCCAAAUUUCCGUAGAAAGGAAACCACAGAAGUCAACCACAGCCAGGAUAAUGGAGGCCAGAUUAACAGAGGUGGUUGAAGUCUACAGAGAAUCCAAAACUUCAUAUUCUGCACUCACAUUUUUUCUCUUCUCCCCCAAAGAGCAAAAGGAAAAUUAUGCCAUAGCUACUGCAGUGGGGAGAACUAUGAGUUGGGAAACAAUAAUGUGGUCCUGGUUGUGCCUCUGGCUUGCUUUGGGACCUUGGACAUGUCCACUGAACUCUCCGGGCCUCAGGUUUCCCAUUUGUAAAAUGAGGGGAUUGGUGCUGUGAUUUUUCUUCUUUCCAUUCUUAGGAAAGGCAGAGUGCCCGCAUGCUCCACAAUCAACAGGUCCUGGCUGCGUGGGUCUCUGAUAGGACUCUGAUCUCGAAGUGGAAGUCAGAGGACUCAGCUUUUUCAAUGACUCACCACUUGUCCAGGUGUGAGACCUGGGCAGGUGUGAGGAAUUGGGCAGAACAGUAGAAUCAUGAGGUCACCUGCCUUCUCCAGCUUUGCAGCUCUGCUCAAUCUUCCCUUCCUCCUCCAGAACCCUUAUUUCCUGGGGAGAAAAUGGGAAACUCAAGGCCAGUGGCCCCUGAUAAUGGUACUUAUUGUUUCCGAGGGCGUUACUCUUAUGAAAGAUGAACCUGAAGUUCAUAUUCUAGAAUGGUUUCUGAUGAGAAAAGGUCGUAGAUUAGGACUCUAAAGCAUUGGCUAGAACUUCCCAUGGUCUCUGCCCUCAAAGAGCUCACAGUUCACGGGGCUAGAAGUGGAGAGAAUUCAAGAAAACCGAUGUAGCUGGUUUAUAGAUGUUGGGCCUUAAGUUGGGGUUAUGGUAGCUCCUGACAGCAUUGUCUUAGUCACAUCUUCAUUGUGCUUGGAGUCAGCUGCCAGGGCUUGGCCGGCCACUGGGUUCCCCCCACGUCUGUUUUUCUCAGAAUAUUGUUCUGGCCUAGCCACUCCUCUACUCAUGGAGAAGGUCUUUCACCAUGAGGAAGGUCUCCAGACCCUAGACCUCUGAAUCAAGCCAAUUUUUUUUGUACCUAUUACAAUCACUAUUUGUGAAGUAGGGGUGCCCCUUUGUCUGAUGGGUUUGGGGCUGAAAUUGACCAGGGCUGGGUGUCUCAGAUGAUACCAGAUGAGUUGCUCUUAUUUUAGAAUCUUUCCCCCGGAGCCUGUUGCUGUAACAGAAAUUCGAUCACGAAAGACUUGGUUUUUCAGCCUAUUUUAGGAGAAGAAAUACCUUCAACUUGUAUCAGAUAACUAAAUUUGGUGCUGAGUAAUCGCCCACAGAGCAAGUCUUAGUUGUAGAAUAUAGCCCAGGAGGCUGGGGGCUGCGGUUGCUCCUGUCAUAUGGGGGAGAGUCCUCUAGGAUGAAAGUAGAGAUUAACUUCACCUACAUAUGGCUUAAGUCCAUGGCUUAGAGUGACUUUUUAAAAUUCCCUUAGCCUGUCAUCCAUUUGUCAAAGUUAUCCACCCAGUAUGCAGUUCUGCUCACUCAUUCACUCAUUUAUACAGUUAUCUAAAUAUUCUUGGGAGCCUGUCUGUAAUGUAAGGUGCUUUUUCUGUUGCCAUUCCCUGGUUGAAAAGCAUCUGUGGCUCUUCACUGCCUGCCUAAGGGUGUUUUCAUUUAGUCUGGCAUGUAGGGCCUUCAGUUGUUGGGGGAGAUAAGGCGUACUGACCUCUGCUUCUUUGUAUGAAGCCCAUUGUCAGAGAAGAUCUCCGUCAAGCUGGCAGUGGAGGGUGUGGCAGUUGGUGGUACAGGGAGGAACCGGGGAAGCGCAGCCCUCUCCUAAGCCAUAGCAGCUUCAUGUUCUGCAAAUCUUUCCUGAGCAUCGUACCCCCAAAUAGAUAGGAAUAGCAGGGAUGGCUUCCUUCUCCAAUAAGGUCUAAAGGAGGAAGUCACAUGCCAGUGCGGACCACAGAUGUCCAGGACCAGCACUCAAAAGAUGUCUUAUCCUUCUCUGAAUUGCCCUCCCCUUUGCUUUAUGUUUGCUUCUCCUUAGUGAUUAGAAGUGAAACUCCUAAUAGGCGGAGGGCCUGUGUGUAUCAUUCAGGAUUGGCAAGAAAAGAGGAUUGGAGACAGAGGUAAUCCAGAAUGAGGCUACAUGGGGGUAGAGCUCAGGGGUAGAGCAUUUGGCUGCAGGAUGAGGAUUUGGGAGAGGAAGAGUGGGCAGUGGCAGCUAUGAAGAAAACAGCAGGGCGGGAGUUCCGGCACGUUUAGGAAGAAAGAGAACGUGGCCCGGAUAAGAGACCUAGGCCAGAGAGGCAGCGUAGGUGGUGGUUGCUGUGAAGAAGAAAUGACAACAGGCUGGGGGUGUCUCCUGACGCGUGUGGGAGGAGCCCUGGGGCAGCUGACUCCAAGCUGUGUGGCCCACACAGGCCAGCACUUCAGGCUGCAGACCGGUUCCUCCCCGGCCCUGUCACCGGAAGCUGACCUAGCUUGUUCACGUUCUGGAUGACCAACAGAGACAGCUGUAGGCACUCCUGACUUGUUUGUGCCCAUUCCCCGAGGCCUUCAGGGUCCUGGGACCUAUCCCGUGACCCUGGUAUCCUAACCAAGCCUCUUCCAGGCCCUCUCAGCUUGGGAGAGUGAAAAAGACAGGGCAGGUGAUGGCAGCUGUGAAGAAAAGAGGACAGCAGACUGGAGGCCUCUAGUCUAGAGGCUUCUACCUGCUUCUACCCUGUCGCUGGGCCCUUAGAAUGGAUCCAUCUGGCACACAUGGCUCAUCCCUGGGAGAGCAAGAAAGCAUAGGUAGGGGCCACCUCCUGCUGAUAUGUAUCCAGACCCACUCCCACCCCUUCAAGCUGCUGGGCCCGCUCAGGCUCCCCACCUCCUGACGCCCUCACUCCUAGGCCCCUAGUAUUCAUUUCAGGGCUUUUAUUUGGGCGCUUUCCUUGGAUCUGUUUCUCCUGGUCAUCAGUCUCCCCUCCUGUCCUGUCCUUUGGGAUAUCAUGCAACAGUAGCUGUAGAUAAGAGACAUAGCGCCCUGUCUGUUGGAGAACCCGAGGCACCCACAGAGAUCAACCUGAGGCUGCCCCGCCUCCUCUCCAGGGCAGUAGGCUUCAAUACUUCCACUUCGGCCAGCUCAGGCUCUCCAGUCUUCUGCAGUAGGCUGUGCGUUUUCCCCACUGCGUUAUGCGGUAGGUGUCAAGUCAUCCCUUUCUGUGCUCCCACAGUGCCCAGUUGGGACCCCCCUUUGCUCAUUACCAUGGGGUGCGGGGUAUUAUUGUUGCCUGUCUUGUGCGCUCUAGGCCUCCGCUAGGCUGUGAAUUCCUUGAGGGCCAAGUCUGUAUGAAUCCUCUCUCUAUCCUUUUUACCUGGAAUUACAAUAAUUUCUUUAUUAAUAUAGGCUUUUUCUGUUGUGUUUGGAAUUCCCUGAAGGUAAGGACUGUGCCCGAUUCCUCUCUCUGUCUUCUGCCCCUGGCAUAGGGCCUGGCACAGAAUGGACAGCAGUAAGGCUCUGCUGAAUGGAUCGAGAAAUCAAAGAUCCUUGGCCUUCUGGAGCUAAGUGAGAGGGCCGGGGAGAGCCCCCGCAAAGAGAGGAGUAGGUUGCCUCCCUCUGCGGGUUGGAUAGCGUUCUAAACCCGCUGAACAUGCACCUGAAAUGGGUCUUCUCCCUGCUGGCCUGCUUCCAGGUCAGUCCCUAAAGAGCUCUUCUCUGGCUUCAGUUGAGCCCUGCCUGGGUGUUUCAGGAUUACAGCCCAAGCCCAAAGCCAAGCCAAGAUUUGGGUUCUCAUGUCAGGGGUAUUUCCCCUCUGUCCCUAAUUGGCAUUUCUGUAACUGCCCCUCCUCCAGGACUCUGGGACUGACGCCGUGGUUCAGUGUUCUGAGUGUGUCUUGCUCUGUGAUCCCAAGUGCUGAAAGUGCCCUCUGUUCUAUAGAAACUACCAGAGCUCUUGGGAACAAGGGAGAUGAAUAAAGAGCUUAAUUCUGG